CCUUAACCUGAGUCGACAUGCAACAAUUGCAUCAUUAGCUAGUGCGUCGCACUUGUGAUAAUGAAGGAGUGCGUCGUACGCUGCCGCAGGUGAGCCAUGCAGCUGUGGCGUGCCCCAGUUCGUGCAGGAAUACCGUUCUGCAUCAGCCACAGCACGUCGCAAGACCCCGUUAGUGCAAUUUCUCUUCCAUUCGGCGACAGCAUUGCAAAGGAUGACGUACAGAAUUUUGAAUGGGUGAAGAAUCGAUACGCGCCAUCUGCAGAAAAGAGAGGAGAGUGAAGCAGUUAGUAGACCAUUCAGCACUCGCAUGAGAAGUCUCCGCCUCAUACAGUUUGAAGAUGGCGACGGCGUAACAGAUGAUGAGGAAGAUGGACAGGAACUGCUUGUCAUUGCAGCACUCGAGAGACCAGUCAAUGCUCAUGGCGACGACUCAAGAGAAGGAGUCGGGUCGAGUCGAGCUGGCAAGUCGGGGAAUGUCAAGUGAAAUUACAGUCUGAGAUACCCCACAAACAAUUCCUCCAAUCAAGUGUCGUAAUCCUAGCUGAACCCACGACCCCAUUAUUCCACAUGGCUCCGCUCCUGUAAAGUCACACGCCUUGAUGGAUUUUCAUCGAUGGGUAUACCUUGGUGACAAGUUUUGGACUCAUGGAGACGAUGGCUAUUAUACUCUGCUAGCAGAGACUUCCCUAUCUGAACGGGCGUUCUGGCGAAACCGCUGGCAGGCGGGUCGAACCGUUGGGGAGUCCCCAUUGGGGACUUGACACCUUUUAGCUCGUGUUCACCAUGGCCAGCACAGGUGACGAGAGUCAUCGCGAGUCAAACAAGCGUGUGCAGGGCGAAUCACACGAAGUCGAGGCAAACGGAGGGAAAGCAGCCGCACCUGGAGGUCCUGCGAGGGCGCCGUCUUCGUCCGCUGUUACCGCCGAUGCUAACUGGCAACGCAAACGCUCAGCGGUGCUGCUGAAUGUGAUGCAUCCGGAAAAUACGCGUGAGACGGCUGCUUUUGUCGACAGACUGCCUCGAUCCGCGGCUCUGCGCGUCCUCUUCGCUCUCUUCGCCUACGCACUGCUCGUUUCCGACGUCCCGCGUGCAGGUUCAAGUGUCGAUAGUCUUCCGUUCGUCCAGAUUGAGCCGAAUGUCUUUACUGUCUAUGGCCCCACGGCACUUCCAGGCCACACGAUCUUCCGGAACGGCUCGAUCAUUACUGACGGGGAGUCUUUGAUCUCUUCCGAGAUCCCCACGGCGCUCUAUAAGUUCACUCCAAGCUCUUACGGUCUACGCACGGCUCGAGACCUACUGGAAACGUCUCCAAAACUAAAUUCAUCAUGGCCUGCAUGCAUUUUAAGUGCUCACUCCACCGACUCGGCAUACAGCAGUGAUUGUGGAGAUUCUCUACCUGGGACUACGGUGUUUAGUAUGCUCGAUACUCUGGCUGAAGCCCUGGCAGCCAAUGCUCCAAGCACUACCAGCUACAAGAAUGUGGCCCAGACCGACGACGGUAUUGCGAUCAUGGCUCGAGGAGAACUCAGUUCGCUCCCACAACGUGUCUGCUUCGCAGCUCGAGCCAAAGCUCGCUGGACGGGUACAAGUAGUGCAAGUUCCGGCUCCACUGCGGCAAGUAGCAGCACGAGUUUCUUGUCACGCAACUUGCUGGAUCAUAAAUAUUGGCUCAGCGUUUGGGUCACAACUUUUGCCGAUCUUGACCCUGCCAAUCCGGGAGUGGAUUUGUGUGUGGACGACUUGGAUCGACCGCUCUUCUGUGAGAAACCAUGGGCGGCGUCCUUGACUGUUGAUGGCAGUGAGAGAGACGCACUAUGGGAGACUGUGUCAUUGCGAACUGCCGCACUACAGCAGAAUCUGUCCAAGAACGAGAAACUUGAUAUUACUUUGAUUGAAGCUGAAUCGGACCCGCUUACAAGACUGGGAGGGGCUGUACUGCUUGCACACAAGAUUUACAACGUUGUGGUGCUGUAUCGCAUUCGAGACUGUACCAACCCCGACGUCUGCACUACGACGACCAUAUUUGACGAGCGUGUCGAGGGCAAGAUUCUCUACACUGAUGCUCUGGAGUGGAGCUCUCUGGCAUCCACUCUGCGCUAUAUUGGCCAGUUGUACGUCAUCGUGAGAGUCGUGUGUCUAUUCGUCGCUUGCUACGCCGUUGGCUCAGUCUUCGACACAGCUGCAAGCGCCGAUACGUCAAGAUUGAAACGUACUCUUCGAGUCUUCUUCGCUGUUCCGAGUCAGGUCGUGGUGUAUGGCAGUUGGUUACCCGUGCUUUGCUACGCAAGUGCACACAUUAUCGACGCGCUGAUACUGUACGAACUGGAAGAUGACGGCGGUGAGAGCACAACGGACAGCUUCGCAGCAUUGACGCGUUGGCUAGCUGUGCAUAUGCGCUGCGUUUGGCUCAUGGCGUUACUUGCCCGUUUUCGAGCGUUGUUGCAGACCUCGGCGGGGGCAUGGACUCCGUCCCACGGAGUCUCUGGCGUCCGUGGCCAUCUUCUUCCGACACUGGCUCUUGGUGCCGUUGCAUUUGUAGCUCAAGGAGGAAUCGCCGUCGACGACCGUGAUGCCCGGAUCUUGGAGGCUAAUGAGGUGGAACCCGUUCCUACCUUCAUGCUGCUGCGCUCCGAGACGUUGGAUGCGUGGAAAAUGAACCUUGAAGGAGUGUACAGUGAUAUGCUGGCCGUCGCUCUUGCUGCCAUUAUUUAUGUGGUUGUCAUUUUAGCAGUGCGUGCACUAAUGCGCUGGCAUCGACGUCGUUGGGUCAAACCGACGAACUUCAGUCAGGUAAAACCCCAGGAGAAAGGUGAUGCAGUCCCUGAUCCGUUGUUCUUUGCUCGCUCAGCCGUUCCAAGUGCCGCGGGUGCUUUGUGGGAACCCAGUUGCCUUUCAGUGAGUUGGGAUGAUGAUCUGCUGGGGCCUCUGCUCACGAUGUUGAAUGUUACUCCAUGGAUAAGUCAACGUAACCUCGACAAAAAGCAAGGCACAAGCCAGGACAAUACUGACAACAAUGUAGCCAAUGAUGAAAUUGGUACGAGUUCGGCAUCGACAGCCCAGCGGAUGCUUAUGAAUCUGGUGUUCUUGAGCGAUCCGUGGAACCUACUAGUGCUAAAACUUGGGCGUGCUCGUGUGCAUCUGUAUCAUCUUCGGGGGAACGGGCUAAACUGCAAAGUGGUUCAUGCCAAUGCCAAAGCUCGUGUUGCACGCGAAUAUUCACUGGCACUUGAAAACGUCGAGCUGGUUGCCUCCCUCCGCGCAUCCGAGUUGUCCUGGUCGCAGCUUGUUACGUGCAAAUGAAGGGGCUUCGCGACUGCAGUAUCAUGACAACAAAAUAAAAAAAAUGUUGAUUACAUGAAGUUUCUAGUGAUCCUU